AUGGUCAAAACCCAAGGUCAGACGUCACGCAUCGUCGCACGCGGAGCGCCGAGCAAUGGAUACCUGCAAUGCCUGCCCUCGGAGCUCAUUGCGAGAAUAAUCGAGAACCUCGACCUCAAAUCGAUGAAAAGAUUCCGCCUCGCGAAUCGUUUCACCGCUGCACAAUGUUUGAUACCACCAUUCUUGCGCUUUUACUCCCAUCAGUCUGCAAGCUUGACGCCCAUGAGCCUAGAGCAUCUUGUCGAACGGACGUCCAGCAAGAUCGUCUCUCGAGCCGUCAAACACAUUACAGUCCAUGCUACAAGGUUCGCUGCAUCGGACUCUGGCAAUGACGACGGAAGGCUUGUUGCUGAGCUCGCCACGGCUUUGGCGAACGUUGGCACUCUGGGUUGCCUAGAAAUCAGCCCCCAAGAGAAACGCUUUCGUAAAUGCGGAACGAAGAGACGACGCCCAAAGUGGCAACCGGCGGACGCUCGGGAGUUUCAGUCGGAAACUGCGCGGGCUGGGGCGGGUCUUACAAUCGUCGUGUCUGCGGUUGCCCGCAGCGGUGUAUCCAUCAACGAGCUAAAAGUGUUUUGCUCCCCGGUGUCGUACGGCAGCGUGGUACAGACUGUCUUUCUGACCGAUAUUCUGCCAAAGUUGAGAGAAAAAGACUCGAAAUUCGGAGCGGCUGUCGAAAACAUGGAGAAAUUGUCAAUCAGCCUUGGUACGAGGAGGAACCCCAAAGAGGUCCCGUUCCGACUGGGGAGUUACCCAAUUAUUCCAUACUUGAGUGCUACCGACCGCAGGGCUCUUGCCAAAGAGAACUUUCCUGGCCUCGCUGGAUUGCUUGGGUACAUGCAAAAUCUCGAGACGCUGGAAAUACAUCUGCACAACACUUUGAAGGGGAAGACAUUUGCAUACAGCGAGAUGCUUGACUUAGUUGCAGACCAAGUAAAGUUGCCGAAGCUGAGGAAGCUGACUCUCGACAUGGUUCCGGUCAACGAAGCGUCUUUUCUCACGUUUUUGGCCAACAGCCCAUUCAUUGAGGAUCUGAGCUUGCGGUUUGUGCACAUCAGACAGGGCUCCUGGAAAUCAUUUCUGGGUAAAAUCACCAACCCUUUGGCAAAACUGCAGCUCGACUGCAUUUCGGAUGAUACGCGGAACAGCAUUAACCUCUGGCCAGAUGGCCUGCCAGGCAUGCAGGAGGAGGAUUCAGACGUUUCUCAUGGCGACGGAGAGCAUGUCGAUGCCUCGUCUCUCGACAGUGCUAAGAAUCUAUACAAGAGAGACUUCAACACCGAGGAAAUACGACAAGGCCUGGUUCUCAGGUAG